AUGGCUUUCUCAUUGGAUAGAUCCAAUACAAUCGGCUUCAUUGGCCUAGGAGCCAUGGGCCACCACAUGCUCAACAACCUCGUAGCAAGACACAAGCGGCCAGGAAGUGGAGAGGUUGGCUAUGCCCUGUGUGAUGUAGAUCAGGCGGCAGUGGACAAGAUCGUGAAGCACCACGCAUCAGAGCACCCAAAUACACCUCUUGUGAGCUGCUCAUCACCCUAUGAUGUAGCACAGAAAGCUUCCGUCAUCAUCAGCAUGGUUCCUACCGGGAGACACGUCGAGGAUGUCUACGUGGAUGGAAGUAAGAGCGUGCUUAGUGCUCUUGAGUCCAUGAGCCAAGAAGAGCGUGCAGCAACCCUUUGCGUGGAUCAGUCCACUAUUGAGCAAAAGGUCAGCAAGACAGUCGCAUGGCGACUGAGGGAAGCUGGUGCAGAUCUUGUAGACGCCCCUGUCUCAGGAGGUGUCAUCGGUGCAGAGAAAGGCACCUUGGCCAUCAUGGUUGGGGGAUCCAAAUCCUCCUUCGAUCGAGCAGUCCCAGUACUAGAGUCUAUGUCUCGAAAGGUAACAUACUGUGGGGACCUCGGCGCUGGACUUGCUGCAAAGAUCGCAAAUAACCUUCUUCUGGGUAUCACUAUGCUUGGCUUGAGCGAAGCCAUGUUGCUCGGCAAGAGGCUUGGUGUUGAUUCUCAAGUACUCGCCGAUAUCAUAAAUAACUCUACGGGCCGCUGUUGGUCUAGCGAGAUCAACCACCCGGUCUCCGAUGUCAAAGUCAGUGGAUCUAGCCCUCCAGCGCACCGAAACUACGAGGGUGGCUUCGUGACGAAGCUGGCUCACAAAGAUCUUGCUCUUGCGGUUUCAGCCGCUGAUGAGGCAGAUGUACCUCUUGCUGUGGGCCGAUGCGUUGAAGAGUUCUAUCGGCCAUUGGCAAACUCUGAAGAGUUUGGAAACCGCGACUUCAGUGUUAUCUACAAAGCACUUGAUGCCAUGGGCUCUUCAGCAGGAAACCCCAAGUUCUAG